AUGAUAUAAUAGAUUAAAUGUUACACCAGAUUAGAAAGUUUUUUAAACUCUUCACUUAAAUCUCAUAAGUUUCUCUAUAUUGAUCUAAGUUUCUAAAAGAUUGGUGAUGAAGGUGUAUCAGUCUUAGGUUCUGCUUUAGCAAAGUGCAGUAAUCUCUCAAAUUUGACACUUAAACUUUAUAAAAUUUAAAUUGGUGCAAUAGGUGCAUCAGGCUUAGGUUCUGCUUUAGCAAAGUGCAUUAAUCUCUCAAAUUUGACACUUUAAUUUCAUGAAAAUGGAAUUGGUGAUGAAGGUGCAUCAGGCUUAGGUUCUGUUUUAGCAAAGUGCAUUAAUCUCUCAAAUUUGAGACUUGAACUUUCCUCCAAUAAAAUUGGUGAUGAAGGUGUAUCAGGUUUAGUUUCUGCUUUAGCAAAAUGCAUUAAUCUCUCAAAUUUGACACUUUAACUUCAUAAAAAUGGAAUUGGUGAUGAAGGUGCAUCAGGCUUAGGUUCUGCUUUAGCAAAGUGCAUUAAUCUCUCAAAUUUGAGACUUGAACUUGCCUACAAUUAAAUUGGUGAUGAUGGUGCAUCAGGCUUAGGUUCUGCUUUAGCAAAGUGUAUUAAUCUCUCAAAUUUGAGACUUGAACUUUCUGAAAAUGGAAUUGGUGAUGAAGGUGCAUCAGGCUUAGGUUCUGCUUUAUCAAAGUGCAUUAAUCUCUCAAAUUUGAGACUUGAUCUUUCAAUUUAAAAUGGUGCAAAAGGUACAUCAGGCUUAGGUUCUGCUUUAGCAAAGUGCAUUAAUCUCUCAAAUUUAAAUUUGAGACUUGAACUUUCUGAAAAUGGAAUUGGUGAUGAAGGUGCAUCAGGCUUAGGUUCUGCUUUAGCAAAGGGCAUUAAUCUCUCAAAUUUGACACUUUAACUUGACUCCAAUAAAAUUGGUGAUGAAGGUGUAUCAGGUUUAGUUUCUGCUUUAGCAAAAUGCAUUAAUCUCUCAAAUUUGACACUUUAACUUCAUAGAAAUUAAAUUGGUGAUGAAGGUGCAUCAGGCUUAGGUUCUGCUUUAGCAAAGUGCAUUAAUCUCUCAAAUUUGACACUUUAACUUGAUGAAAAUGGAAUUGGUGAUGAAGGUGCAUCAGGCUUAGGUUCUGCUUUAGCAAAGUGUAUUAAUCUCUCAAAUUUAACACUUAAUCUUAAUGAUAAUUACAUCAAUGAAACUUAAGAAUUCAAAGUAAAAAGCAAGUGUCUUAAAUCUAAAAGAUUGGUUGUCUUUAAAAUCUGA